UUUAGUAAAAAAUGUUUAGUUGUAGUGUUGUUUAUGUGCUCCUAUUUUCUACCGUGUCGAUUAUAGCCACCAAAAAUGUUGAGGGAUCACAACCAGUCCUCCAGAAAACUGUUGAAGAACUAUUCACAAAAAGAUCUCAAGUCAUGUAUCCCGGUGCAUGCAAAACCAUAAGAUCUUCCCGUCGACAGACAAAGAUUUGCUUGCGUAAUCCUGGCCUAGUCCAUGUCCUUGAAAUAGCUAGAACGCAAGCGAUAGCAGCUUGCGAAGAAACCUUCCAAUACGAUAGGUGGAACUGCUCACUCAUAUUCAAUAGGAAUGCUAAGAAAAGGAUCUUUGAUAGGAUAUACAGAGAAACAGCAUUCGUGCAUGCUUUAAUGGCUGCAUCUAUUACACAUGCUGUGGCAAAGGCAUGUGCUUCAGGUGAUCUGACUCGAUGCACAUGCGUAGGCAGUUUCGGUAAGCAUGGAAACUUCACAUGGAAAAACAGCGGUUGUGGAGAUGAUUUCAAGCAAGGACAGCGCCUCACCAGAAACUUUUUAGACUUCAAGCACGCUGGAACCGAUCAGAUUGCUGAGAUUUUGAAGCAAGACGUUGUAGUUGGUAUCGAUGCUAUCGGUGAGCAGAUGAGGGAAGUGUGCAAAUGUCACGGGUUCUCUGGCUCGUGUACAACGAAGACUUGCUGGAAGCGGCUUGGCCCUUUCAAUUCUGCGAUGGGAGUGCUAAAAAAGCAGUACCAUCACGCAGUUAAAAAGAAGGUUGUGAAUUACACGUCGAAGAGGGCAAUCAUGCCAAAAGUUCGGAAGAAGAUGACCAUGGAUAGGAAACAGCUGUUGUAUUUGCAGAAAUCUCCAAACUUGUGUGCGAGUACGAAAGGGAGAGUGUGUAAAGACAGACGUAACUGUGCAACGCUUUGCUGUAACAGGGGUUAUGUUACAACGAAGAAAAAUAUAACAUCGAGGUGUCGGUGUAAAAUGGUGAACUGUUGUUUCGUUCAUUGUGACACGUGUGUUGAGGAGUUUGAUCAUUACACUUGUAAGUGA